CAAGGGCUGUUCGCAGUAUCCCCCCGGAAAUGGAGCAACGCAGCUGGACUGGAAAUCCGCACAGAGCUGGAUUCCUGCUGCACCUGUCCGCCGCCUUGCACCUGGGCUUUGCCAUCUACUACGACUGCCGCUAUGCCCAGCUGCCGUCCUUGGCUGUGGAGCUUCGUUUGGAGCCACCCAUUGGGGGCAAGUUCAAGUACAUGACCUUCCUCUCCGGACUCGUGCACUGUGGCUACUAUAUCCUGGCUCUAAGCUAUGACCUUCUAAGGAUCCGUGUGCUGCGUCAACUGCGGGACUAUGUAAUGGCCAGCUUUGUGGUACCACUGGCCCUCACGGUGGGUGUGACCUUUUGGACCCUCUAUGCCAUCGAUAGGGAUUCUAUUUAUCCGCCCAUCCUGGACCUCAUUUACCCCAUGUGGCUGAAUCACACAAUGCACUCGUGUGUGGUGGUCUACGCCUUGCUGGAGCUGGGCCUCACCCGCCACCGGUAUCCCUUGAGGAGAAAGGCCUUUGCAGGGCUUGGAGCCUUCAUGGCCGCCUACUUGGUGUGGAUCCACUUCCUGUGGGCCAUGACUGGAAUCUGGGUGUAUCCCUUCUUGGGGGCCCUGGCGGGUUCCUUGCGGUUCCUUUUCUUUGUGGCGAUCGUUGGCUUUGGAUUCGGAUACUAUCUGAUGGGGGAAUGGAUUAACAAAGUGAUUUGGGGGCGACCAAGUGGGGAUAGAGGAAGGAGUUUUAGAGGGUAAACCCCGAUGGAAGUUGGAAACUAGGCUUAAGAUAUUUCAAAAUUUAUAAUAACCUUUACUUGUAAAAAUGUAAUUUAUUAAUAUGAUAUACAAAAUAAAUAUGAUAUAAUAUAUAAAACAA